UACACUUGAUGCUAAAAAAUCUCUCUUCAAAGAGGUUUUACAAGGGUUUUUUUUUUUUUUCUCAGAUUCCCAAAUUCAAAACCCUAAAUCCAACGUCUAAUCCAAUACCAAUCAAUCCUUCCUCGCUGCCUAGGGUUUCUACUUGUGAUCGAUCGAUCCAUUUCUGUGUUUGUCGUCUCAUUUUACUCCGUUUCUUCUUCGAUGCUUCUAGUAUGUUUCGCUCCAAACCCUAGAAUUCAACGCGACCAAAGGAGGAAUAAGAAGUGAGAUGGAUGAUGCAUGGGUGAGAGAAUGGUGCUACUGAAUGCUAAUAUGUAAUGUGAAGUGAUAUGAGGUAUUGAAUAUGAGCCAUGGAGGUGGGGAGAGUGGAAGAUUGCAUGAAAAGGUAGGGCAUAAUGGUAAGAGAAAAUCCCGUGCAAGUAGAGAUGAAUUUGCUCGAGCGAUUGGGAAGAUUGCUGUAGCGCAAAUGUGUGAGAGUAUGGGCUUUCAGUCCUUUCAGCAGUCUGCUCUUGAGACAUUAACUGAUGUUACUACUUGGUAUAUACGGAAUAUAGGAAAGGCUGCACAGUUGUGUGCUAAUUUAGCUGGUAGGACGGAGGGUAAUGUUUUUGAUGUUAUUCAAGGAUUGGAAGAGUUGGGUUUGCCACAGGGGUUUGCUGGUGCCUCAGAUGUUGACCAUUGUCUUGCAAGUUCGGGUAUUGUUAGGGAGAUUGCUCAGUAUAUUGGGGAUGCAGAUGAUAUCCCGUUUGCUUAUUCUAUUCCUCCUUUCCCAGUUGCUAGAGAACGGAAGCCUGCGCCAAGUUUUUCCCAGAUUGGUGAGGAGCCUCCUGAGGAGCACAUUCCAGCUUGGUUACCUGCAUUUCCUGAUCCCCAGACUUAUGCUCAGCUGCCGGAAGGGAAUGAAGGACGUGCUGAUUUAAAUGCAGAUAAUAUUGAGUCUGUAAGGCAGCACCAGAAGAUGGAUGUGUCUUACAUGAAUUUGCCACAGCAGUUUAAUUGCAAUGGUUCUGAAGGACCUUCCUCUGUUGCAUUUGGUGACAGUGCUAAGGCAACACAAAGGACUGUGAGUAACCCGUUUCUUGCUGCUCCUCUGCAAUUCGGAGUGAAGGAAGUGUCCCAUGUUGUUCCUCCAGCUAAGCUUUCUGAUGAAGCAGCUGUGAGAUAUCCUGUUGAGCAAACCCGUACCAUGGAUAAUAAUAUGUCAGUGAUGAAGACAUUUGCUCCUGCCAUUGAAGCAAUGAAGAGUAGGUUAUGUGAUUCUGGGGAGGGACAGAAGAAGGUUUUUUUCAAUCAAAGACCUGCCGUGCAAUUUAAGAUUGGGGUUGGAAAGAAUUCCCUGGAUGGAGCUCCAGAUUUGAGCCUUCAGAACAAGGGUAUUAAGAAGAUCAGCAUGUGGUCUGGGAAAGAUAGUGAGAAUGAUGAUCAGAAAAGGAGAGCUGAGAAAAUUCUAAAGCAAUCGAUGGAAAACCCUGGUGAACUGGCUCAGUUGUAAAUUAGAAAUUGUACACUUGUUUAGGAAAUUGGCAACAGAAUCAGGUUCCAGAGUAGUUAAGAUCAUGGCCAUGUGGUUAUCAGCACAUGGCUCUAAAAAACAGGAAUUACGAACUACAAUAGAGAGUGCCACUUUAGCAAGUUUUGGAGGUAUGUGAAUGCUAAUUUAUCAUCAUGUGCAGCUGUUAGUCAAUGAUUCUUUUUAGUGGAAAUACUGUCUCCUGUUUCUGUC